CGCCGCCGCCGCCGCCCGGAGUCGGGCCAGGAUCCGAGCCGGGCCGCCAUCAUGCUGAGCCGGCUCGGGGCGCUGCUGCAGGAGGCCGUGGGGGCGCGGGAACCCAGCAUCGACCUGCUGCAGGCCUUCGUGGAACACUGGAAGGGUAUCACACACUAUUACAUCGAGAGCACAGAUGAGAACACCCCAGCCAAGAAGACAGAUAUUCCCUGGCGGUUGAAGCAGAUGCUGGACAUCCUGGUGUAUGAAGAGAGGCAGCAGGCGGCCGCAGGCGAGGCGGGGCCCUGUUUGGAAUACCUGCUGCAGCACAAGAUCCUAGAGACCCUGUGCACCCUGGGCAAGGCUGAGUACCCCCCAGGCAUGCGGCAGCAGGUGUUCCAGUUCUUCAGCAAGGUCCUGGCCCAGGUGCAGCACCCCCUGCUGCAUUACCUCAGCGUCCACAGGCCUGUGCAGAAACUUCUCCGGCUUGGUGGGACAGUCCCCGGGUCCCUCACAGAAAAGGAGGAGGUCCAGUUCACCAGUGUCCUCUGCUCCAAGAUCCAGCAAGACCCAGAGCUGCUCACUUACAUCCUAGAAGGUAAGAAGAUCAUAAGCAAGAAGAAAGCUGGGCCUCCGGACCCAAGCAGCCACAGGGACAAGGACUAUUCCCACAACAGUUUUCCUGACGGACGUCCCCAAAUGGAUGCGGUGCCCCAUGGAGCCCGGUCCUUGAACAGCCACCUGCCUGCUGAGAUGGAAGGGCCAGAUGGUGGCCCUGGGGACAGCAACCUAAUCACCUCCCUCCUUGGGCUGUGUAAGAGCAAGAAGAGUCGCGUGGCCCUGAAGGCCCAGGAGAACCUGCUGCUUCUCCUGAGCGUGGCUUCCCCAGCGGCUGCCGCCUACCUGGCCCAGAGCACCCCCUGUUGCAUCGCAAUCGCGGAGCACCUGUGCCAGCUGUACCGGUCCCUGCCUGCCUUCCUGGACCCCGCAGACAUCGCCACUUUAGAAGGCAUCAGCUGGAGGCUGCCCAGUGCACCGUCGGAUGAGGCUUCCUUCCCUGGCAGGGAGGCUCUGGCUGCCGUCUUGGGCUGGUUUGAUUACUGCGACCACCUUAUCACAGAGGCACAGUCGGUGGUUGCAGCUGCUUUAGCCAAAGCCGUGGUUGAGAAGCUGUUUGUGGGGAUUCUGCAGCCCCAGCUCCUGCACGUAUCUGAGCAGAGCAUCCUGACCUCCACUGCCCUGCUCACGGCCAUGCUGCGCCAGCUCUGCUCCCCUGGGCUGCUUCAGGAGGCGGUGGUCUUCCUCCUAGGCACCGACUCUCAGCCUGCAGAUACGGAAGAUAGCCCUCGUACCCUGUGUGCCCACCUCAUUGCACACUGUGACCAUCUCUCUGAUGAGAUCAGCAUCGCUACGCUGCGGCUCUUUGAAGAGCUACUCCAGAAGCCCCACGAGCAGAUUGUCCGUGCUUUGGUCCUGUGCAACCUCGAGGGCCGCCUGUAUGUGGCUCGGAGCUCACCCGAGCCUGAGAGCUAUGAGGACACCUUGGACCUGGAGGAAGACCCCUACUUCACAGAUGGCUUCCUCGAUUCUGGCCUUCAGCCCUCCGCAAAGCCUCGCCCAGCUCCCACCACCAGCUCUGAUGGUAAAACAGCCGUUACAGAGAUUGUCAACAGCUUCCUCUGCCUGGUCCCCGAGGAAGCCAAGACCUCAGCCUUCCUAGAAGAGACUGGGUAUGACACGUACGUCCAUGAUGCCUAUGGACUGUUCCAGGAAUGUAGCUCCCGCGUUGCCCCUUGGGGCUGGCCCCUGGGCCCUGCACCCUUGGACCCCCAUGAGCCGGAACGGCCUUUCUUUGAGGGUCACUUCCUCCAAGUGCUGUUUGACCGCAUGUCCCGGAUUUUGGAUCAGCCAUACAGCCUGAACCUGCAAGUGACCUCCGUCCUGUCCCGGCUCGCCCUCUUCCCCCACCCCCAUAUCCACGAGUACCUUCUGGAUCCCUACAUCAACCUGGCCCCUGGCUGCAGGAGCUUGUUCUCUGUGCUGGUCAGGGUGAUUGGGGACUUGAUGCAGAGAAUUCACAGGGUACCCCAGUUCCCGGGCAAACUGCUCCUGGUACGAAAGCAGCUCAUGGGCCAGGUGCCUGGGGAACAGCUGGACCACCAGACCCUCCUCCAGGGCGUGGUUGUGCUGGAGGAAUUCUGCAAGGAGCUGGCUGCCAUCGCGUUUGUCAAGUUUCCCCCACAUGGUCCUCACCUGAACCUCUCCCCACCCCCGGAAGGGCAAGUCUGAGCCCGGAGCAGCACGGGCGGGGAGACUCUUGUCUGCACCUCUGCCCCAGAGCGGCCUCCUGCCUGGCCCUGCUGGCCUCUGGAUUGGGGGCUUUGGUGCCUGACUCCAGACCACCUUGGCCUACUCCCACCCAGGCCUGGGCUUCAGGGACAUGUCAAGAGACAAAAGAGCUGGCUUUCCAGGAGGCAAGGUGCCCUUGAAGUCUUGGAACAGCCAGGUGAUGGCUAAUGAGCCCCAGACCCGACCCUCGCGUGUUGUAUGACCAUCCCCCUGUAUUGACUGUGUGUGGGCGGGGCCCUGACCUAUACCAAUCCAGGGGCAACAGAGAAUGAGAUGUUGGCUCCAAGGCUGGCCAGAACCCCAGCCCGAGAGAGAGAGGGGCCACAGAGUUGUCUGUGUCACACUAGGUACCCGGGAAGCUGCUGAAGUGUGACAGGUUCCUCUCCCGUCUUCUUGGUUUAAGUGGCAGCAUGGAGAGGCUGCAGACAAAGCCCCCCUUUCCUACUCAGCCUUCCUGGAGACUUGCAAGAUUCCCAACCGCCUCAUGGCAAAUGCCCAAAGCGUGUUCCGCGCCCAGGCGGGGGCAGCUGCUAAUGAGAACCUUGGCGCAGCUGCAGCCAGGGCGGGCGAGGGCCUGGGAGCUGGAUGCCAGGCUCCAGCUCCAGCUGGUUCCUCUCUGGCGCCUUCUGAACCCGUCUCAGCAGGUCUACAACACCUGGGCAGAGAGGUCAGAGACCAGAGGAGGUGGACUUUCCCCUCCAGAUCCUGCCUAGACCCCAGGGUUCCCGAUGGAGAGCCCUCCUAGGAGGGCAUUAGCUCUUGGGGUGCAGAUGAGGCAGGACACCCCCUAACUCUAGACCCCUGAGGUCUGGUGGGGAGGAGCCACGACACGGGAGGCUUGUUCUGGUGGUGUUCUCCCUGUGUGCCCUCCGCGGCUGGGGCUGCCACCCCACCCCGCCCGAAUCUGUCUCGACCUGCAAGAACACUUGGGCGGCGCCAGGCAUUACCUCACAGCGGGACUGCAGUUGCUGGCUGGGCUCCUGGGCAAGGAGGAGCAGGCCAGAGCCCCUUUCGCUUCCUUUUCCUGCCCAUGCCGCUUCUACAAGCUGGGCACAGGUUGCCAAGAGGUGACAUGAAAGAGGAGGAAACUCAAUGACCUCUACCUCUCCCACAUUCCUCCCAGCGGGGGAGGACUUCAUGCUGCUGUGAAGCACACACGUGUGCGCGCGUGCGCGCAUCCGGGUGCUGGUAGGUGAUGGGAGCCGAUCUGGAGGAUAAACUGAAUCUGGACUCUUAACGUUCUUAAAAUAUUCAGGGGUAUCUGGGCAUCAUAGACCCUCGCCUCUGUAAUCAAAGCACUUUGGCAUUUGUAUGGUGUCCCCAGACAGCACAGCAAUAAAUGUGUGAUUGUGUG